AUGGGGACUAGCUACCGCUACUCAGCGUGGCAAGCUACGCAGAACGGAACCACGAUCUCCGGUCCAAGGAAAUUGCACUACGGCAAUUGGUUCACCGCAACAGCGCUUGGUGACUCGGAUGCACAGGUUCUUCCAAUUGUGAACACGACAAAUCUCUCUGGGUAUGCGAUCUACUCUGGCAAGCGCCAUCGGCCAGAGAUAAAGAGCAUUGUGCUGGUGAACAUAGAGGACUUCAACUCGACAUCAACUCCUGCAAGUCAGAGAUCAGGUGUGGACUUCACCCUGCCAGAGGAGCUUUGGGGCAAAAACUGCAAGGCAAUAUUGAGGUGUCUGACCGCAGCAGGUGCAGAGGUUCGAGAUGGAAUUACAUUUGCUAGUCGCACGGUCGCGCUAGAUGGAACUGUAGGUGGUCAUGAGUCGAAGGAGCCGGUCACUUGUAGUUUCGUGACCGUGAAGGCAGGCGAAGCGGUUCUCGUGACACUAGGAUAG